AUGGCGACGUACGCGACGGCUGCCCAGGGCACCAAGCCGACAUUUGAUUCGAUCGGGAUCAAGAACAGGAACAUCAGCGUCGCUGAUGAACAAAGCCUCAGCGACGAGCAGAAGGUCAUUGUUGGCUCUGUUCUCGAUCUAUUCGAAGGGCGCCCGUCCCUCAAGCAUCUGUCGCUUUGGCAGCCCACUGCGCUUUUCCAGGAUCCCAUCGCCUACGCACAAGGCUACGACAAAUUCGCCGCCCAGUGGUACGGAUUGGCAUCGCUGUUCAACCCCAUCGCCAUUCAGUCUCACCUGGUCACCUCGGGUGGGAAUCCGAUCGAGGUUUCGCUCACAAACAAGUAUGUCCUCAAAGGCAUCAACAAGGAGCAGGUCAUGGAUAGUGUGCUCAAGAUCCACGUUGGGUCGGAUGGCAAGAUCGAAAAGGUCGAGGAUCGUUGGAACGACAAGCUCCCCGAAGAGGGCGGAAUCAGUGGGGCCUUGCGCAAGUUGAACGCGAGCGUGGCAUCGAGCCUGCCGAAACACCUAAAGUUCAACUUUAGCAACGGCGCAAUGACGAUCACGCUGGGAUGCCAGAUGAACAACGUUUCGGAUAUGACCUAUCUCUUCUGA